CCAAUAGGUUUAUAUUUCUUCAUAGACAUGCAAGGUACUUGCUUAGGAUGCCACUUGGGAUUUAAGCAGUAUUUCCUUCUUUGUAAUAUCCCACUAUUCUUUUUUAAAGGUAGGAAAAAAAAGGAGAAGAGGAUAGACAUUACGAAGAUGAGUAAAAAACCUCCAAAUCGUCCUGGGAUCACCUUCGAGAUUGGUGCUCGGUUGGAGGCAUUGGACUACUUGCAGAAAUGGUAUCCAUCUCGAAUUGAGAAGAUAGACUAUGAAGAGGGGAAGAUGUUGGUCCAUUUUGAACGCUGGAGCCAUCGCUAUGACGAGUGGAUUUAUUGGGACAGCAAUAGAUUAAGACCCCUGGAGCGACCAGCACUCCGGAAAGAAGGGCUGAAAGAUGAUGAAGAAUUUGUUGAUUUUAAACCUGGAGAAGAGGUGCUAGCUCGUUGGACAGACUGUCGAUAUUACCCAGCCAAGAUUGAAGCAAUUAACAAGGAGGGAACCUUCACUGUACAGUUCUAUGAUGGUGUUAUUCGGUGUCUAAAAAGGAUGCAUAUCAAAUCUAUGCCUGAAGAUGCCAAAGGGCAGGCGCGCGAGAGGGAGCAGAUAGCGCCGGAGCUGAGAUUAGUGACGGAAAUCGAACCAAAAGAAGAUUGGAUAGCUUUGGUCAAAGCUGCUGCAGCAGCAGCUGCCAAGACUAAAACUGGAAGUAAACCUCGGACCAGUGCAAACAGCAAUAAAGAUAAAGAGGAGAGAAAAUGGCUAAAAGUACCUUCAAAAAAGGAAGAAACCUCAACUUCUACAAUCAUACAAGAAGUCCAAAAAAAGGAAGAGGAGCCAACAUCCAUUGAGCCAUUUGUAGGAUUUCCUGUAGUGGAUGUUCCAAAGAUGGCCUUUGUGCAAGCAGAGAGCACAUUAUCACACAAGAGGAAAAGUAGUCUAGGCAACACAUUUCAGGCAAAGAGAGCUCGUCUUAACAAGAUCACUGGUUUGUUGGCAUCCAAAGCUGUUGUUGUGGAUGGUGGUGAAAAAAAGGAAGUCAGCAAAGAAACAGCUCCAGUCCUGGAGCAGGAGAUUUCACCUAAACCUCAAAAUCAGAAAAAAAAUGAAGCUGAUAUUAGCAGUUCUGCCAACACUCAGAAACCUGCACUGUUAUCCUCAACUUUGUCUUCAGGAAAGGCUCGCAGCAAGAAAUGCAAACAAGAAUCUGGAGAUUCUUCUGGGUGUAUAAAGCCCCCUAAAUCACCACUUUCCCCAGAAUUAAUACAAGUCGAGGAUUUGACGCUGGUCUCUCAGCUUCCUUCUUCUGUGAUAAAUAAAACUAGUCCAUCACAGCCAGUGAAUCCCCCUAGAUCCUACAAACAUAGCCAGCGGAGAAGAAGAUCGCAGCGUUUGGCCACUUGCCCAUUGCCUGAUGAUUCUGUAGAAAAGGUUCCUUCUCCAGUCACUGAUGGAAAAGUGUUCUCCAUCAGUGCCCAAAAUCAACAGUCAACCAUGUCAGAGGUACCUGAUGUUGCUCACAUGUCACUUGAGAAGCGUGGACCAUGUCUCCCUCUUGACUUAAGCCGUAAUUCGGAAGUUACAACAUCAUUAUCCACAGAAUCCACUUUCCGUAAUGAAUACCCCAGUAAAGAAAAGGAAGAUAUUCAGAUGAUUACAUAUCAUUCUUCCAAAACAGUAACUGAUGGAAGAGUAGCCACCACAGCGUCAGGAGCAUUGAAAACUGAAAGAAAAGGGAAACUGGAAGAGAAAAGCUCAUCGUCAUUUGGUAAAAAGAAGGAAAAGGAUAAAGAGAAAAAAGAGAAAAAGGAAAAAGAUCAUAAAUCAAAACAGAAAAAGAAGAAGAAAAAAAAGAAGAAAUCUAAACAGUAUGAUUACUCGGAUUAUGAAGAUAGUUCUAUUGAGUUUUUGGAAAGGUGCUCCUCCCCACUCACCCGUUCCUCUGGGAGUUCUCUGACUUUGCGCAGCAUGUUUACAGAGAAGAACAUUGCAUACCAGUAUCCAAGGGCUAUUUUGUCUGUCGACCUUAGCGGAGAAAACCUCUCAGAUGUGGAGUUCUUGGAUGACUCCUCCACAGAGAGCUUGUUACUGAGUGGCGAUGAAUACAAUCAGGACUUCGAUUCAACCAAUUUUGAAGAGUCUCAGGAUGAAGAUGAUGCCCUCAAUGAAAUAGUUAGAUGCAUCUGUGAAAUGGAUGAGGAGAAUGGCUUUAUGAUUCAGUGUGAAGAAUGCUUGUGCUGGCAACACAGUAUCUGUAUGGGAUUGUUCGAAGACAGCAUCCCAGAGCAGUACAUCUGUUACAUCUGCAGAAACCCACCAGGUCAGAGAUGGAGUGCCAAAUAUCUUUAUGAUAAGGACUGGUUAAACAAUGGGCAUAUGUGUGGAUUAUCUUUUUUGAAAGAAAACUACUCUCACCUAAAUGCCAAAAAGAUUGUGUCAACGCAUCACCUGUUGGCUGAUGUGUAUGGAGUAACUGAAAUAUUACAUGGCUUGCAGCUGCAGAUUGGGAUACUCAAAAAUAAACAUCACCCUGACCUUCAUCUCUGGGCUUGUUCAGGGAUGAGAAAAGAGCAAGAGCAGAUAUCCCUCGGAGUGGAGAAAAAAAUAGUGACUUUGCCAGAUACUGUUAAUCCACCUGAAAGGACGUGUCAGAGUCAAAACCAUAAAGAGCCCCCUAGUUUACCCCAGAAGAUGGAAGAAACAUAUAUUACAAGUGAGCACAGUUACCAAAAACCACAGAAUUUUGGUCAAGACUGCAAAGCAGUUACUGACCCUGUGAGCUCAGAUGAUGAGGAUACGAGUAGUUUUGAGGAAGAUCAGGAAUUCCGUUCAGAGAAUAAAACCUAUUUACAAUAUUCUUUUAAAGAAGAUGGCAUGAGUGAUCAGAAGACCUCGGCUGAAGGGAAUACAGUAUUUGCUUGCAAUGAGAAAAAAGGAUCAGAAGAACAAGUGGAUGCGCAUCUUCAAUGGCAGCUAAAUCUCCUUACCCACAUAGAGAAUGUGCAGAAUGAAGUCACCAGCAGAAUGGACCUGAUUGAAAAAGAAGUUGAUGUUUUAGAAAGCUGGCUUGACUUCACUGGAGAACUGGAACCACCAGAUCCUCUUGCAAGACUUCCUCAGCUCAAGCGACGUAUCAAACAGCUCUUAACUGACAUGGGGAAAGUACAGGAGAUAGCUACACUCUGCUCUGUAUGACAAGAGGAAGAAUAAAGGAAUAAAAAUAGGCUCUCUACAAUGAAUUUGUGUAUUAGCCACCAGACUGACAGAAAGACAGGAAAAAGCUGAACAUUUAUCCUUUUCUGUGCCGAUUUAUAUUAUUAACCUAAAGCUCUAGAGAGGGGAGAUGAAAUCUAAAGUAAGAAUAUUGAUAGUGAAGAUAAUUUUCUAUGUCCAAGCAAAUUACGGUAUAUCAAGCAUAGACCUACAUGCUCUGAAAGACUAGGCAGGUUAAUGACAGAUUUUUGUGGUUAUACGAGAAGGUUCAAGAAAUCUCUACAAAGAAAAGUGCUAUAAUGUAUAGCAGAAAGGUCCAAAUUCACAAGUGUCAGCUCACAUAAAACUAAGUUGGGUGGAAAAAAUAUAAAUUUCUGAUGAUUUCCUCUUACGUUGCUAGCAAAAUACAAACAUGGAGAUUUUGUAUCCCUUAUAUAAUCGAUCCAUCUAUCAAAAUCAGGUCAUAGUCAGAGAACUUAUUUUUUGUAGUCCAGGCUUACUUCCUUGUCUAAUGAAUGUUCGGGAAAAUGAAAACACUAGCUUCUUUUGGGAAAGAAAGUAUUUGUGGUGGUGGUCUUAUGUAAGUAUUUUUAAAUGGAAUCCUCAUUACAGCACCCAUAGGCUUCUUUUAAAAUGUAAGUGGCAAAUAGUGGUCACAUGUGCCAAAUAAUAUUAAAACCACUGAGAUGAGAGUUUGAAUAUAAUGAAGAUACAUGAAGGGUUGUUUUGUGGGGUUUUCUCUUCUUUUAUUUUAUUUGAAAGUCCUAUAUGGUGCCAGCAAUCCAUCCAAAAUUGUAUCUAGCUUAUAUUUUUUUAUGUUUUCUGGCAGUAUUCAGGAUUCAAAAUACAAUUUGUGUCCUGGGUAGCUCUGUUUGGUGUUAGCCCUCUGAAAUUUUACCAACCUCAGCUGGGAUGAGGAAUAAUGACAAGAGCAGCAAAAACUGUGUGUGGCUCUGAAUAACUAAACCACUAAAUAUCACAAAGAGACUUUAUCUGAGAUGUUUUUAUAAAACUUUUAGCUUCAGUUAUAAAUGAAAAAAGCAUCAUGAAACCAAAGGCAACCUAGAUGCUCUGUUAGCUCUUGCUGGAUUUUGAGCCAAGGACUUUCUCUGUGCCUGUGCUCUCAUGAGUUGCCGCUGCACCCAGUGCUUACAUUUACAUGUAUGUGCAUGUAUAUGUGCAUAUACACACAUAUACCUAUGUACAUACUAUAUACCUAUUUAUCUACACAUGUCUAGUUUUAUUACAAUAGACUAAAGACUGGUGGUUAACAUGAAAUGUUACCUUUUAACAAGCAGUUUCUAAAAUUGAAAAUAAUGUAUGUACAGGUUUUGAAAUUUGUAAAAUACGACUGUUAAAAGGAGGCUAUUUAACUAAUGACAUUAAGAUACUUGAACAUUUUAUGCCUCAGCUGUUUAUCAGUUCUACUUAUCUGUAUAAAACGCAUUUUAGAACCGAUAGACAGUAAACUUGAAUUUACCUUUUUGAUAAGAGUACAAGCCACUGUACAUUCAAAAAUUAUUUAAAUUUGCAAACACACUGUUCUAUAUGUAAGGUACUGUAUGUAAAACUGUUUAUUAAAACUAUUCUGCAUAUUCUACAUCUUCCAAUUUUCUUCCUGUCCUAUAUACAAAUGUGAAAAAAGAAAAAGAAGCUGAUUAAAAUAAUGUACAGACCCUCAAAACCAUACCAUUUCUUGAAUGCCUUUUGAGGAUUCAUACAGGUGAAAAAAGUGCCAAAGAUGGAUUGUGUAGGAAAGAUUUUGAAGCUGGUACAUUGAACUUUCAUCAUAAAAAUGUAAGACAGUAGCGUGGCUGAGUGAUUAUUGAAAAGUACCAACAUUGAGGUCUCCAGAUUCUGUCAUGUCUGAAGUAAGUUAUCACUCUAAAUAUCUAAAGUUUGAAGUAAACACGUCAACCCCAGUUACAGAGUAGUUGCUAUUUUAAAGGUCUCUUUUACCACUGGUUACCACAUCAUAGUAUUGGAAAUAUUACUACUCUUUGUGAGUGCAAAACUCAACUCAACUUUAAUUAUGGAGCCAGGACUGUCAACUCCAUAAUGUAAAGGAACCAUGAUGACUUUUAAUGGCAACUGUUAAUGUUUUUUAUAUAGUUUGAUGCUUAAAUAAGUGCUUAAGAUUAUAAUGAAUAGCUUUUGGAAGUGAUCUACUUGCUUUUUCAGUGUGCCAGACAUUUUUGUAUAUUAUUCUUUUGAUGCAUAUCCUUGAAUGUGGUACUGUGUGUACUGUAUAGAAGAAAUGUAAAUCUAGAUACACCACUUGAAACCAAGUAGGUAGUAUUUACAUCAUGAAUGCAGUACACACUAGCCAUGUUACUCUGUGUGUGUGAGUGCGUGCGUCUGUGUGUGUGGGCAUGUGUAUGCGUGCAAAAUAACUAUAAUGAAGGAAGAGCUGGACAGAGAGAUUUCGGGUAGGAGAAAGGAGGUUCUCUUCUCAGUACAAUGAGCUGUAAGAAUAUUAUCACUUAAAAAUGGGAUAGUUGUAUGAGUUUAGGAGAUGGUAAUCUGGUACACUUUAACUGGAAAGAUUUAUGUGAUCUGAAGAGAAAGAAACAUACAACAAAUCACCAUUAAAAUGUUGUUAUGGUUGCAAAGUCCAACAAAAAUUGAACUAUUAACGUUGCUCAUGCAAUCUUAAUUAAAUCUCCUUCUACAUGUUUUUGAGAGGGGUAGUUAGCUGUGUUUAAUCUAACGUCAGUCAGAAGGCAAGGCAAGGUGGUACCCUUCAAAGACUAACUUGUUCAGAAAGGCUUAAGCUUUCGUAAGUGACAGCCUACUUUGCCAGUUGCUGUGAAACAUACUGAUGAAGUAGGCUGUUGCCUAUUAAAGUGUAUGCCUUUCUGAACAAGUUAGUCUUUAAGGUGCUGGCUUCCUCUGCCUUCUGCUUGUACGUUUUUGUUGUAGUCUGUCAUUUACAUGAUUACACCCUUUACCUUGUAGGGUACCCUCUUCCCCUGUCUUCCCCACACCCCAUUCACCAUAUAUGAUGGACAGAACCCACUGAUUAACUGCUCAACAUUUUUUUUGUGUCCACACUAAGUGUAUAGUAAAACAUCUCAUAUUUGGUACACAGAGUUCAAACCCUGUCCAAACCCUAAAGUAUUACUGGCAAUACUUUAACAGGUCGCUGUAGGGUCUGAAUGGUUUACAGGCUUUAAUUUUCACCACAGUUGUGGUUUAAUUGAUAUUAAUUACAUUCAUCCUCCUUGUCCAAAUGUGUUUUAGGCCUUAAUCUCUGUUACUCAAAUGCCCGGUGUUUGAGAUGCUUGGGAGCUGGCACUUUUUCAGGUCAUGUAGCAUUUUUAUAACACUUUGAUGUUAGUACUAUGCAUUGAACAUAGUUGCAGUUCAAAUUGCUCAGCACUUCGGUUGGGUCCCUGGAGAAGGAAGCGCAUGCUUAGUUGGCUACCUGUGAAAAUGUUGGGUUCUGUGAAAGAAUUCAUGUGGUAGAGUAAGGAACUCUGGCUCUCCAGCAGACAUUCGUCAGUCUUAAUCCUGAAACUGUCCUUUUUCUUCUCAGAAGCCCUUGCCUCAUUUGCCACGUAGCUUCCAACUUUCUCAACAAAUGAGGCAGGGAUCUUACAGAUCAUAACCAUGUUUUGAACACCACUGAUUCCAAGAGCAUCAUUUAGGAGUGCUGGGGAGAAUAAUAUGUGAUGAUGGAAUAACGGCUGUCAUUAUGCAUAUGUAUACAGAGGCCAAAUUCAGCGUUCUUAGACUAAUUUAAUUUUGACACUUCCCAACUCCUGAGUGUUUGACUUUGCAGCUUUUCUGGAAUGCGAUAUGUUGUGUAACUUCUUAAAGCCAGCUGAAAAAAUAGGCUUUCCAUCCAACAGAGCCAUAUUGUGAUGGCUAAUGACUAAUUAGCCAUGUAGUGAAACGUUUAGAUCCACAGCAUAGAUAGUUACCAGUUGAGCUGUGGAGUCACUGGUAGCAAUAGUUGGCUGUUAUCCUCUUUGGGUUAGUCAUGCAGAGAAUGAGACACACUUUGUAAGUGGGUUUCUUAUGUAUGUGCUAAAGACUUCAUAGAGUAGUAGGAUUUGGGAAUCCUCCUCCUUCUCCCUACCGCCUGCCUCUAACCUCAAAACAUCUAAAAAAAACAAUAUGCUUUUUUUCCCUAUAACCUCAUGGGGGGUUAAAUUCUAAUUAAACUCUUUCUACUGAAACUUGAAUACCUAGAAAAAGUGAUGAGAGAGCCUGGGCCUGGAAAAUUGCAGCUGAACUGUUUCACAAAGUUGUAAGCAACUGAAAACAGGGGUUUUUAUCAUGGAAAAUGUGCUGAAGGGUGUCAGGUAAUAAACUCUCAUUCUUUACUUAUCCUACCAUUGCACACAAUGUGUAAGAGUACUUGCCUUUGCAGUGUGGCUCUCCAAAUGUAGAACCUAUUUCUUCCCUCCUUUUACUCCUCAUGAAAUCUUUCAGUCCAUGAAUUUUAGAAUGCUUAUUAAAGACAAAGGGCUUUCAUAUUUUCUGAUCGACUGUUGCUAGCCCUAUACUUUAUUAUGUAUAUUUUUCAUUUGUAUUGGGUCAUGGAUGUUUUUUGUUACAAUGAUUUCAUAUUGUUUUUUAUCAUGCUAUGUGAUGUCCUUAGCACUGGGUGUGGGGUCCAUCUUUAGCAAUAAGUAUUAUACACUGUGUGUAUAUUUGUUAUGUGCAGAAUAGGAGAGGAGCAUUUGACGAUGGUGAAAAUACACUUGAACAAAAAGCAGUGUUGAUUGGGCAGCUAUUCUGUACCAGCCUGGGCAACUCAGAACUACUGGAAAAGAAUUGAAGUGCGCAUCCAGGAAACAAAACAAUUUGUAAAAGACAAAAUAUGAACUUCCAAAACAUGCUAUUUAAUCUGGACAGUUUGCACGUGCACUGGGGGCUCUGUCACCUGGAGAUGAGCUAACAUGGUUUUCUGUGGGUUUGUUGAGAAACUAAAAUCCAGUUCAAUCGCUUAAUUGCCUUUGAAUGGCUAUUCAGCUUUGGGACCUGCUCGUGACUGUUUCCAUGCAGUUAUUCAACCUAGCUGUGUGUGUCAGUGUAUUGUCAUUAGAAGGUUGGAGAGAGUCAGCACUGAAUUGUUAAAUCUUCCCUGAGAGAAGAAAGGUAUUUUCUUUCAUGACUUUGUUUUAUAAUAGCAAUAAUGUUGGUUAUGUUCUAAUAUACUCACAAUAAAGGCCUAUUGAGAUUGGUUAAA